UGUUUCGCGAGAUUUGAUUCGUGUUAAUUAUAACCAUGAGUGAGUUCCUCGGGUGCGCGACGCCGCCGCCGAUGCGGGGCUCGAAAUUCAACGACUCGUCCGAGAGACUGUGCUCUUCGGAGCCCAGCUCUCUGAUGGGCUCGCCGGCGCACCGCGGCGGCCGGUGGGCCUCGCCGGCCGCCACGCUCGUCGUCGAGACCGAGUGGGACGGCAAGGAGGUCACCGUCGUCGAUGGAUACGUCAAGUUCCGCGACAACAAGAGGUGGAAGCAGCGCUGGGGCGUCGUGACCAAACUCUCACCGGCUGCAGAUCGCAACCUAGACCUCGUUGAUGAGAUGUGA